CUCUUCCUCAAGCUUUUAAUUUCACACUGCACCUUCCUUCACCCAAACCUCUCCCUGUUUUCCGGCGACUUCUCCGGUCACCAUGCUUCUCCGACCUUCCGACGACGACCUCACCUCUUCACGCGCUUAGAUCUGCUCAGAUCACCGCAAACCCUGAACCCAAUCAAACCUGCUCCAAAACUCCGUCGUCUCGUCCCUUUCUAAGAACCGAUCCUCACCCCUCUCCAAUCCAAAGUUGCUUUCCUGCGAUUCGCAGCUCUACAUCAACGAAAAACGAAACGUUUUGAAGCACGAACUUGACAAUUCGCUCUGGUUCGAUCUCGGAACUCCACUUAAUCGCGUUAUUUGAUAUUUGUGUGUUUUUUCUUUGUUCUCGGAAUUUCAAUUUUUCCGGGCGAGAAGGAUGACGUCGGGGACGAGACAACCAACCUGGAAGGAGAGGGAGAACAACAAGAGGAGAGAGAGAAGAAGAAGAGCCAUAGCCGCGAAGAUCUUCGCGGGUCUGAGAAUGUACGGCAACUACAAGCUUCCCAAGCACUGCGACAACAACGAAGUUCUCAAGGCUCUCUGCAACGAAGCCGGUUGGGCCGUUGAGCCGGACGGCACAACCUAUCGCAAGGGAUGCAAGCCUGUUGAACGCAUGGACGUGGUAGGUGGUUCUGCAGCAGCAAGCCCAUGUUCAUCUUAUCAUCCAAGUCCCUGUGCUUCCUACAACCCAAGUCCUGGCUCUUCUUCCUUCCCUAGCCCUCGCUCAUCCUCCUAUGCUGCAAAUCCCAAUGCUGAUGGCAAUUCCCUCAUUCCUUGGCUCAAAAACCUUUCAUCUGGAUCUUCCUCAGCGUCAUCUUCUAAGCUUCCUCAAUUAUACAUUCAUACUGGCUCCAUCAGCGCUCCUGUCACUCCUCCACUUAGCUCUCCAUCUGCCAGAACACCCCGAAUGAAAGCUGACUGGGAGGAUCAGUCCACUCGACCUGUAUGGGGUGGGCAGCAGUACCCCUUCAUGCCCUCUUCAACUCCUCCAAGCCCUGGCCACCAGGUUGUUGAUCCAGAUUGGUUUGCUAAGAUCAGUAUUCCUCAGGGUACACCAACUUCUCCAACCUUCAGCCUUGUCUCUCCUAACCCAUUUGGCUUCAAGGACGAGAUCUUUGUCGGCGGUGGUUCCCGCAUGUGGACACCAGGGCAAAGCGGGACAUGUUCUCCAGCUGUAGCUGCAGGCUCUGAUCACACUGCUGACAUUCCAAUGGCUGAUGCAGUUUCAGAUGAAUUUGCCUUUGGAAGCAGUGCAGCAGGCUUAGUGAAGCCCUGGGAAGGAGAGAGGAUCCAUGAAGAUAGUGGAUCAGAUGAUCUUGAGCUCACUCUUGGCAGCUCAAAGACCAGGUAAGGUGCUGAAUCAACAAAUAGUCAGUGGUCCCCUCAAUUUGAACUUUGACUCUGUUCUCUUAUGUAGAAACUUUAGAGGAGGGAAUUAAGAUGAGGAGCAAGUAGUUGCUCGUCCAUUUUAUUUUAUUCUUUUAUUUUCUCUUAGGUCUUAUUUGUUUGUAAGUUAUAUAUACAACUUUAGUUAGGAGUGGGGUGGUUUUGCAACCCUUUCAUAUAUGGUCAGGGUCUUGUUAAACCUUUAAUACUAUAUGGGAAAGAUCAAUAUACCUGUAUGGAUUAGCUUGGUUUGAUACUGAAAGGAAAAAUUACUUUUAAGAUUCAACUUUAUCUGAUGACCAAGGAGUUUAU